CAUGACAUUUGCCAAACUUUUCUACCGAAAUUUUGUUUGUAAAGGAUCAAUUUUCAAUUUGAUUUCAAAUAUUCUAAAAUCAAACUUUUAAAUAUAAAUAAAGUGACAUAAAACUGCAAAACUCCUCAAAUUAUGAGUCAAGACUCAACAAUAAAUGGCCUAUUAACUCGUGAUGAUAUAACAAGCAUCCUAAACGAACGGCAUCUUAAAAUACCAAACAUUGAAUUUAUGGGCUAUGAAGAACUCCUUCGAAUCUAUGAAACAUUUGCACAGCCCUUGGAAAAGCGACACUCAAAACAGCGAUGUUCUGCACCGGAAAAUGUUAUUCAAGUUCAACCAUAUCCACCGGCACCCGAGCAACCGCUUGCACAUGACUUUCAUACAAAAAUAUCACUCAAUGAGGACUUUCAGAUGUCCCGGGUUGUUCCUACAAUAACCCCAUGUUCGUAUGACCUCCAUCCUACAAAAUACAUAAAACUAUCAUUCAACACUCUUCCGAGUGUUGCUAAAAAACGAUCAAAUGGCAUCACAAUAAACGCAGCUCAAGAAGCAACUCCUUCGAAAAGAAAACCCAUAACUUGGCCAUGAAGGGCGCAAUUUAAGAUUUUAUGUAAUUUAUGUAUUUUUCAAUAUGAUUUCAUUGGUGUUUUUUGUGUUUUCUUUUUAAACUCAAAAGAAAACUAUGUGCAGGAAUUAAAUUAAUUUUAGGCGUCUCUAAAAAUAAACUAGGGACUUAUUAGUUUGUUUUAAUAAAACGUAAAUAAUUGUAAUUUUAGUGGAAUCGGUUGUUCAAAAAACAAAGUAUUAAACUUACUUACAAAUUGUACACAAUCGGUUAAUUUUCUAAUGAUAAAGACACAUUUUAUACUUUA